AUGGCCCCAACCACUGCCCCAGUAAAAGAAGACGAAUUCAACGACGUGGUUGAGAAGCUUGCUAAGUUCAAGCCUCUCGGCUUUACCUUGAAAAGAGGAAUCAAGAUCGCUCCUCACAAGUCUGCAGAGGACAGGUUGCCACCAUCCACCAAGGCACGUUACGCCAGACACAACAUUGAGUUGCCUGACGGGUACCCAGUGAUUCCUGCAGCUGACACCAUCCCUAAGUUUGCUGAUGAAGCCUACAAGAUCAGAGAUGCCGACUACGCCUACAUCGAGAGAGCCAAGAACGCUGACCCUGAGAAGAAGGCGUUGUUCGGAGCUGCUAAGGAAGUCAAGGACUUGACCAAGCACAUUGGUACCGAGAUCGUUGGUUUGCAAUUGGCUGACUUGAACGACAAGCAAAAGGACGAAUUGGCCUUGUUGGUUGCCGAAAGAGUGGUUGUGUUCUUCAGAGACCAGGACUUGUCUCCCCUCAAGCAAUUAGAAUUGGGUGACUACUGGGGACAGGUCGAAGUGCACCCACAAGCCGCCAGAUUGGUCGACGGUAUCUCUGUCAUCUGGCAAGAUUACUUCAGAGACCUUGGCUUGCCAAUUUCUUUCAAGAACUCUCAGCUCGGAAACUCCACUUGGCACACUGACUUGGUCCACGAGCACCAGCCUGCAGGUAUCACCCACUUGCACAACGAUGCCAUUCCUUCCGUUGGUGGUGACACUCUCUGGGCAUCUGGUUAUGCUGCGUACGACAAGUUGUCGCCUGCUCUCCAAAAGUUCUUGGAUGGUAAGACUGCGAUCUACAGAUCGGCACAUCCUUACCUCGACAGGGAAAACCCAUUUGCCGGUCCCAAGUUCAUUGAGAGAGAGCACCCUCUUGUCAGAACCCACCCAGCCACUGGCUGGAAGUCUCUCUUUGUGAACAGACCUAUGACUGUCAGAAUCGUUGGGUUGUUGCCUGCCGAGUCCGACCUUAUCUUGAACUACUUGUACGAUAUUUACGAGAAGAAUUUGGACAUCCAGGUCAGAUUCAACUGGCAACCUACCAAGGAAGGCUUGGGAACCUCUGCUAUCUGGGAUAACAGAAUCUCCCAACACAACGCGGUCUGGGACCACGAAGGAAAGGAGGCCCGUCACGGUACCAGAGUCACCUCUUUGGCCGAAGUGCCAUACUUCGACCCUAACUCCAAGUCUCAGAGAGAGGCUCUCGGCUUGGACUUGAACUAG